CUGUUAGUGUGUAAUAACUUUACUAUUUAAAAAAAAUGAACUGGUAAAUUAAAAAUUUUUUCUCUGUUGAAACGUGUAAUAUAUGGCUACAAUCGACACAAAUAAAAAUUGGGGCAGGGACUGUUUAUUUUUAAAACUGUAAAGGAAUCAGAGACAGGUUCUGUGAGUUAAUGAAGAUGAAAGUGUACAGAACAGCUUCGCCCACUGUACGAGCUCAGUGACUAUGAUGUCUCAUCUGUUUUUACUGUCACAUGGUAGAAAAGAAUAAACGGCCCUCCCUGUUGCCCCACAGAGCGAGGCUUUUUGGCAAGGGCCACUUUGUAACCCCUGGUCUUUGUCCCACUCCGUUCCUGACUCUUGCCAACCCUUGCUCUAGGGAACCGGAAGGUGCUUAUAGCAUCCCACCAGGAAUGUGCGCACUGGGAACGGCUCCGGAUUCCACUGUACCAGUGAUCCAGGUUCCUAGCACAGAGAUGUCAUACCUCGCGCACCUUGGAGCUGUGUUUGUGUUUGGAUCAUACUCUCUGAAUCAGCUCUGUACUACUGCGCCCUGCCUUUGUUUUAGAAAUCUCUGCCUUGGAAAGCAAUGCUGGGCUUAUUGUGUUUCAGGGGCUCCAGCCCAGAGCACUUACACGUCUCACUGGGAAGAAUCUGCUACUGAAUGAUACAUUUCAUAUUGCUCUUCAGUCGACAAGGGAAAUUACGGCUGCAGAAAUGGUACAGGACUCUCCCGGACAAGGAAAGGAAAAAGAUCACCCGGGAGGUUGUUCAGAUGGUUCUCUCUCGUGGUCAGAGGACCAGCAGUUUUAUCGACUGGAAGGAGCUAAAACUUGUUUAUAAAAGGUAUGCUAGUUUAUACUUUUGCUGUGCAGUAGAGAGUCAGGACAAUGAGCUCUUGACACUAGAGAUUGUGCAUCGCUAUGUGGAGUUGCUGGACAAAUACUUUGGAAAUGUCUGUGAACUGGAUAUUAUCUUUAAUUUUGAAAAGGCUUAUUUUAUCCUGGAUGAAUUUAUAAUAGGUGGAGAAAUUCAGGAAACAUCCAAGAAAUCUGCUGUCAAAGCCAUUGAAGAUUCUGAUAUGUUACAGGAGACACUGGAAGAAUACAUGAACAAGCCUACGUUUUAACCGUGCGUGCUCUCGAAGACUGAGUGCCGUGUGUUGGGCGUGUGGCCGGAAGCGAUGCCUUGCCUCCGGCUAGUGGGUGCAGCCUCCGGCACCAUGCCAAAAAGAACUGAAAAGGGAUUGUUUUGUUAACUAGCAAAAUUUAAAGUUGUUUAACAUAAUAUAUUUAUCAUUAUUACAUAUCUGUAUUAUAUUGUAUAUGAUUACUUAUUGUAGCUCUGGCUGUUCACAUAACCACUUCAUAACUCAGUAGAUUGAACAUCUGUUGACAAUGUUAUUAACCCCAUGUACUAUCU